AGGACGUUACAUCACUUGCAGUGCAGCCAGACGCCAGCAGCAGCAUCCAGCUCGGAGGUAACGCACAGACCCAGCUGGCCAUAUUGUGCAGCAGCUCCUCGCAAAUCGGCUGCGUCACACCUAUAAAACCACACAGCAGCUCUGCAACAAUAAAAACCAACACAUCAGGACAAGCACGCUGAUUUAAAAGGCGACUCGGCUCAGCUGGUUGGGGAAAAUGGUUAAACUGGGGAAUAAUUUCACCGAGAAAAACAACGGGAAGGUGGUUUCUGAAGACGGAUUUGACACCAUCCCUCUCAUCACACCAUUAGAUGCAAGUCAGCUGCAGUUUCCUCCACCAGAUAAGGUGGUGGUGAAGACAAAGGCAGAUUAUGAUGGGGAGAGCAAGAAGGGGAAGCUACGGUCUCCUAAAAUUGCAGAGUUCUCAAUAAGCAUCAUUGAAGGCGUAUCUGAGCGACUCAAAGUGACCUUGCUGGUGAUCUGUGCCCUGGCUUUCCUGAUGUGUGUGGUGUUCCUGGUCGUCUACAAGGUCUACCAGUAUGAGCAGCCGUGUCCUGACAGCUUUGUUUACACGCAGCAAGGCCGCUGCAUGCCGAUUGGGCCGUACGGAAACUACCCCACUCAGGGCCCUGGGGGCCGCGGACGUCUCUUUACCCUCAUCAACCGCUACAACAUAGCCAAGCAGACCAUCACUCGGUCAGUAUCCCCAUGGAUGACCAUCAUGUCUGAGGAGAAGGUCACUCAGCAGGAGACGGAGACUGCCCAGAAACUGGCUUAAACCUAGGGUCAGGAGGUGGCCUCCCCCUGCUGCAGAAAAAUAAAUAAUAUGGUUGUGCCAUUCAAGCAAACCUCAGAUAUCAGCUUCUCUUGCCUGAGGUGCUCUGCUGCCUUGAUGUAGUUUGAUCAGCUGAUGUGUACUGUAGCUGGAAAUCUGUGGAAAUUUUGAACAUGUUUUAAGCAAAGCGAGGCUUACAGUGGGGUGGAUUCAUGGUUUGUUUGAAUAGCAUAUGUUGUUAUUUAUUUACAUUUUAAAACAGAGUGGCAAAUGUGUAGAAAAAGCCCCAGAAACACAAACACUGACACACACUCACUGUCUUUGUACAUACACAUAUGUAACACAACUCACUUUAGUACUCCGAUUGUGAGAUGACUGUGAAUCAUUUCGUGUCUGCGUCGCUUGUUUUUAACGCACAUGCACGCACGACUAUUAACAACACUUUGCUUUGAAUCUCUUUUUUUCCAAAUCUGGCAGAGCAUGUCAGACCUCUUGAGGUAUGGCAAAUGGUAAACUUCUCUUAAACCGACAAAGUUUGCAGCAUAUUUGCCACUGAGGUCAUCUGUGUGAAAAUAUUUUACUGUCAUGAUAUUGUGAAAAGUUGAGGCUUGACCUGGAGAAAACGUACCAGCGGAAAAAGAAUAUUUUAAUUGUGUUGAGUUAGCCCAUACUGCUCUCUGCAUAUAGUGCUGUUAAACAGUUUUCAGUAUUUGAUCCAUCAAGUCUUUUUAACAGACAUUAAUGAUUGUUUCCAUUCAUCUGAACUUUUUGUGAACACCAUGUGCUUUUUCUUUGCAGGCUCCAUGAGAGUUAUUUAAUAGUUCCUUUUGAUAGCAUAACUUUUAUGCUACUGUAUUGAAUGUUUUUGCAUUGCUAGUGAAGACACUGUAUUGUGCAAUGCUUUGCAUUGAUUAACAUCACCAUAGAUGGCUGUUGGAAGCCGUCACAGAUACUAGAGUUAGGUUAAUGUAGUAGAACAAUCUGACAGUAGUUGCUUGUCCUGUUGCUUUUUCUGUAUUGUCAUUUAACUUAAACUGUCACAAAAUAUGUACCUUUUUCAAACAAUGUAAUGGUUACCAUUGAAGUGCAUUUGCUACAUAAAAAUGUUAAAUGAAAAACUGAAAUAAAGUGCCCACAUUUCA